AUGUUUAAAAAAUUUCAAACUCAAUUGAUUCGAAAUUUUGAAAAUAAAUUUUUAUUAAAUUAUAAAACUACAUUAAAAUCACGAACUUUUCAUAAUUUUUCAAUUCUUAAACAACAAAAAGUUGAGAAAUUUAUAAUUCCUAAAGAAAUGCAAGCAAUUGAAUAUUUUGGUAAUAAAGAUUUAAGAUACGUUACUGAUAAACCAGUACCAGCAAUUGUUCAUCCACAUGAUGUUAAAAUUAAAAUCUCUCAUUGUGGGAUCUGUGGAUCAGAUCUUCAUGAAUAUCUUGAUGGACCUAUUUUUUUUGAAGGUGAAACCAAUCCAAUUACUCAUAAACAUAAAGCAGGUCAAUGUUUAGGUCAUGAAUUAUGUGGGGUUAUUGUUGAAGUUGGUAAUGAAGCUGAAAAGGAUUUAAAAGUUGGACAACAUGUUGUUAUUGAAGCAAAUGGUACUUGUAAAGAUAGACAAUAUUUACAACAACUGUCAGAAGAAGAACAAGAUAUUUGUGGUGCUUGUGCAAGAGGUAAAUAUAAUGCUUGUAAGAAACUUAAUUUCUAUGGAUUAGGUUUCAGUGAUGGUGGUAUGGCUGAAUAUAUGGUUGUUACUUCAAACAGAGUUAUUCCAUAUGAUCCAAAAGUCAUUCCUGAUGAUAUUGCUGCAUUAAUUGAACCAUUGGCUGUUUCAUGGCAUGGUGUUCGUCAAUCAAGAAUUGAAGAAGAAUCAAAUCCACAAACUUUGAUUAUUGGUGGUGGUCCAAUUGGAUUAUGUACCAUCUUUGCAUUGAAGGGUCAUAAAGUUAAUGUUAAAGAUAUUGUAUUAAGUGAACCAGCUGCUGCUCGUAGAGAAUUGGCAGAAUCAUUUGGUGUUAGAACAUUUAAUCCAUUUGAAUUUAAAGAUGCAAAAGAACAAAUUCAACAAUUGAUUAAUAUGACUACUGGAAAAGCUGGUUUCACUCAUGUUUAUGAUUGUUCUGGUAAUAAAUUCACAUUCAAUACUAUGGUUAAAACAUUGGGUGCUGGUGGUGUUGGUACAAAUUUAGCCAUUUGGCCAAAUGUUCCAGUUGAUUUAUAUCCAAUGGAUUUGACUUUGAACGAACUUGUUCUCACUGCUAGUAUGGGAUACACUAAGAAAGAUUUUGAAUUAGUUGUCCAAGCAUUUGAAGAAGGUUUAAUUAAUCCAAAAGAAGUUGAAAAAUUGGUAUCCAAAAGAGUUGCCUUAAAAGAUGGUAUUGAACAUGGUAUUUUAGAUUUAAUUAAUAACAAAGAGAAAUACAUCAAGAUUUUACUUCACCCAUGA